AUGUCGAACCAAAUUCGCACGCUCUCUCCCUCCUCCGGAAAAGUCAUCUUCGAGCACCCCGGCGCCUCGCUCGAGCAGGUCGGCCAGAUCGCCCAGGCGGCCGAAGAUGCCUUCCGCACGUACAAGCUGCUGCCCCUCGCCGAGCGGAAAGCCAUCAUCGUCAAAGCGUUGGAUAUAAUCGAUGCAAACAAGGAGACUCUGGCGCAGGAAUUGACUGACCAGAUGGGUCGGCCGAUUUCGUACACCGCUGGCGAGAUUGAUACCAUGCGCAAGCGCGCGGAUUAUCUGCUUGAGUUGGCGGAUGAGAGCCUGAAGAGUGUUCCUGGCAAGGCGGAGAGUGGGUUUAGGAGAUAUGUGAAGAAGGAGGCUGUUGGGCCGGUGCUCCUUGCGACGGCUUGGAAUUACCCCUACCUCAUCACCAUCAACGCUCUCGUCCCCGCCCUCCUUGCCGGAAACACAGUCCUCCUUCGACCCUCUCCACAAACACCCCUCGUCGGCGAGAAGCUAGUACAGUACUUUAACGAAGCCGGUCUUCCCAAAAACGUCCUGCAAGUGGUCCACUUCGGCGCCUGGGAGGUUUUCGACGAGAUUGUCAAGAUUCCUCAGAUCAAGCUGGUUUCGUUUGUUGGUUCUACACAGGGUGGUAUUCGUCUGCGCCAGGCAACUGCUGGAAGAAUUGUACCACUGAACCUCGAGCUCGGUGGUAACGACCCAGCUUAUGUCCGCGCCGACGCCGAUCUAGCCUACACGGCUGGACAGGUUGUAGACGGCGCCGUGUUCAACUCCGGCCAGAGUUGCUGCGCGAUUGAGCGGGUCUAUGUCCAUGCCGAUGUGCACGAUGCUUUUGUAGCUGAAGUGCAGAAGGAGCUUGCAACCUACAAACUCGGCGACCCCACCGACAAAGCCACAACCACCGGCCCCGUCAUCUCCCAUCAAGCAGUCAAGAACAUCCAAUCGCACAUUGAUGAUGCCCUCUCCCGCGGCGCCGUCGACUCAACACCCAAGAACCCCACAUUCGACUCCCUCCCAUCCCAAGGAAGCUUCAUCGCCCCACGAGUCCUCACAAACGUCUCGCACGAUAUGCGUGUCAUGCGCGAGGAGACGUUUGGUCCCGUCAUCCCGAUUAUGAAGGUGUCGUCCGAUGACGAGGCCAUCGCUCUCAUGAAUGAUAGCGACUAUGGUCUCACUGCGAGCGUGUGGACGAAGGAUAUCCAGAGUGGCGAGGAACUCAUUGAGCGGAUUGAGGCGGGUACGGUGUUUGUUAAUCGCUGUGAUUACCCUAGUCCGGAUCUCGCGUGGGUUGGAUGGAAGAAUUCCGGUCUCGGAUGCUCUCUCGGGCCGCAGUCCUUUGAUGCAUUCUAUAAGCUCAAGAGCUUCCACAUUCGGGAGACUCAUGGCUGA